AUGGCCACCUACGCUACCCGACUUCAAAACGUUCUUGGGCCAGUUGUUGAGAGGGCUCGACGGUGGUCGCAGUCGUCGGCCGCUGAGGAGCGUCCUGCACCUCCUAUUCCGGCCCUCUCAGAUGAGGACCACAAUUUCUCAGCCGCAGAAUUAGCUAUAGCGACACCACUCCAUUCCCCUCGCGCCUUGGAGCCAGUUUUCGAAUCUUUCGAUGCAGACCCGGAAGACGGAGCUUCCGGACAGGCAUUAGCAAUCGGUGAUCCUUCUUCAAGGUACCGACCACCCAUGUCAGGUCAAUCAAACGAAUUCGCGAAUCGGACACCCGAAUCACCACCGCCGUCGUCAACAUGGAGGUCGCCAAUAUCUUUCUCUGACUUACCUACCGCCUCAUCCCCGACCUCGGAAGACAAUUCGACGUCACAGAACCCCGCGAAAUCUGCGCUCCCGGAAGAUGAUGGACAGAAGUUUUUGCGCCAAAAGCUUGUCGAGAUCUCAAGACUGAAUAUUUCAGAGCGGGAGAGGGCCGUACGAAUGCAUAGUCUUAUGUUGGAGAAAUAUAAUGCCUCUCGUCGUCCCGGGGAAAUGUUCGAGUUAGAAUCUGCACAGUCGGGCCAGUUCCAAGCUAAUGCAGAGGAGCCCUACAUCUCACAGCAUGAUAAUCCGUUCAAACUUUCACCUCUGGAUAUCGCAAAAACAUAUUAUACAGGACCACCUACUCCAGAUGUAGCAGCUAAUGGGGAGUUGGUAGUUCAAGAGGAGAUAACAACUUCUACGGAUUUUGGAGCUCCCCAAGAUAUACCGCAGGAGCUUGGAUGCCCGCAUUACCGGCGUGGUGUAAAACUCCAAUGUUCGACAUGUGAGAAGUGGCACACAUGCAGGUUCUGUCACGAUGAGAAAGAGGACCAUGUUUUGAUUAGGAAGGAAACUAAAAACAUGUUGUGCAUGCAUUGUGGGACGGCCCAGCCAGUAGGGCAGGACUGCAAGAAUUGCGGCAUAAGGAGCGCUAGAUACUAUUGUGACAAGUGUAAAUUGUGGGAUAACGACCCGCGAAAAAGUAUUUAUCAUUGCAAUGACUGUGGAAUAUGCCGGAUCGGUGAAGGACUGGGCAAAGAUUUCUUCCACUGCAAGAAAUGCGGUGUAUGUAUGUCCAUCUCUUUGGAGGGCUCCCACAGGUGCAUAGAGCGCUCAACGGAGUGUGACUGCCCAAUAUGCGGUGAAUACAUGUUUACGUCUACCAUGACGGUCGUUUUUAUGCGUUGUGGACAUUCAAUUCAUCGCAAAUGCUACUAUGAGCAUAUGAAGACAUCCUACCGGUGUCCUACAUGUACGAGGACAAUCGUAAACAUGGAAAGUCAGUUUCGCGCUCUCGACUGUGAGAUUGAUGCUCAACCCCUUCCUGCUCCGUACGAUAAAUGGCGGUCCCUUAUCACUUGCAACGAUUGUUCGGCAAAACAGAAUGUUCCUUUCCACUUUCUGGGACUGAAAUGCGACAAUUGUAAAUCGUAUAAUACAAGUCAAAUUCGGACGAUCCGGCCUGAAAAUAUGGCCGGUGAUGUUGAUAGAGACAACAACAACACAUCGCCAGCCGUACCUCCCGCACCGUUAAGGACAAUUUCCUCGAAUUCACUAGCAACAGCACAACCACUGAAUUCACCGCCACGCUUGGCGCGGGCCGAAGCCGGGCCCACAGAUGGAGAGGCGGCAAUUCUAAAUGCAAACCGAGCGCUUGCAGCAGCCGAGGAGGCGAUUGGUGUUACGUUGGAUAUGGGGGACGAGGACUUGAUAGUCGAUGAUGGUUGGGAGACGAAUAGUGAUGCGGUUUCGGACCUGGAAGUGGACGACGAAGACGAGUUUAAGACAGAGAAUGGAGAUGAAGAAGACGAUGAAGAUGAAGACGACCCAAUCCAGCUUAUUGGGCACCCAUAA